UGGGCUAGACGGGCGCGCUCUCAGGGGCGGGGGGCAUGCCGUCCGGGUCCCGGCCGUCCGCGCGGGUGGGCUCGGAGCAGGCCGCACCGGGCAGCUACCCCACUCCCACCCGGAGCCCCCCUGCCCUCUUUCCCCCCUUACCCCCGGCCCAUGGUGCGAGGCUGGGAGCCGCCGCCCGGGCCGGACCUCGCUUUCUCUGAAGGGCAUACAUCAGAAAGCACCAUGCCUCCUAAUAAGGAGGCCAGCAGUCUUAACGGCUCACCGGCGGGUCUCAUCUGCCUCCCUCCGAUCUCUGAGGAGCUACAGCUCGUAUGGACCCAAGCAGCCCAGACCAGUGAGCUGGACAGCAAUGAACACCUGCUGCAAACCUUCAGCUACUUUCCCUACCCCAGUCUAGCAGACAUUGCCCUUCUCUGCCUACGUUACGGGCUGCAGAUGGAGAAGGUCAAGACCUGGUUCAUGGCCCAGCGCCUGCGCUGUGGCAUUAGCUGGUCCUCUGAAGAAAUAGAAGAGACUCGGGCCCGCGUGGUCUAUCACCGGGACCAACUUCAUUUCAAAUCCCUUCUCUCUUUCACUCAUCACGCAGGGCGGCCCCCAGAGGAGGUGCCUCCUUCUCCAAUGCCACACCCGGAACAAGUCGGUCUUGGAAUAGGUCCUCUGACUCCCAGCGCGCCCACUCAGGUGAAAGGACUGAAGGUCGAGCCUGAGGAGUCCUCUCAGAUACCACCAUUGCCACUAAGUCACCAGAAAGCAAAGGAGCCCUUGCUGACACCUGCCAGUGGAGCAUUCCCCCAUCAAUCUGAUUUUUGGCAGGAUCUUCAAAGCAGUAGCCUCUGUAAGGAGCAGGCAGGUGGGGGUCCUGAGCAGUCACGUGCUGUAGGCACUGCUUCCUGGAACCACUCCACAGGUGUCCACCAGCCGCGUGCUAGAGAUAAGCCCCCACCGGUCUCAUUACUCGCCAGUAGUUGUAAGGAGGAGUCAGCAUCUAGUGUGACUCCUCCUCCUUCCUCUACCUCUUCUUCCUCUUACCAGGUACUGGCUAAUGGAGCCACUGCCACCUCUAAACGCUUGCAGCCACUGGGCUGUGUCCCACAGUCACUGUCACCCAGUGAACAGGCACUACCCCCACAUCUGGAGGCAGCCUGGCCCCAAGGGCUAAGGCAUAACUCAGUACCAGGUAGGGUUGGCCCCAUGGAGUAUCUCUCCCCAGAUAUGCAACGCCAGCGAAAGACUAAACGCAAAACCAAAGAGCAGCUGGCUAUCCUCAAAUCCUUUUUUUUACAGUGCCAAUGGGCACGACGUGAGGAUUACCAUAAAUUAGAACAGAUCACUGGUUUACCUCGUCCUGAGAUCAUUCAGUGGUUUGGUGACACACGCUAUGCCUUGAAGCAUGGGCAACUAAAAUGGUUUCGGGACAAUGCAGUACCUGGUGCCCCUAGUUUCCAAGACCCGGCCAAUCCUACACCACCACCAUCGACCCGCUCUUUGAAUGAAUGGGCUGAGACACCACCUCUGCCGAUCCCCCCACCCCCACCGGAUAUCCGACCCCUGGAGAGAUACUGGGCAGCCCACCAACAGCUGCGGGAAAGUGAUAUCCCUCAACUGAGUCAGGCAUCAAGGCUUAGCACCCAGCAGGUUCGGGACUGGUUUGACUCUCGAUUACCUGAGCCAGCUGAGGUUGUAGUUUGUCUAGAUGAAGACGAAGAGGAAGAGGAGGAAGAAUUGCCAGAAGAUGGGGAGGAAGAGGAGGAGGAGGAAGAUGAGGAGGACAACGAUGACGAUGAUGAUGUGAUCAUACAGGACUGAUGGGGGGGAGGGUGGGGCUGGAGAUUGGAGAUGAACCAAUUUAGUAACUGUUUAAACAAAGAAACCACCUCUUUUUAAUUACUUUGUGGCAAAGAACUGAAAAGCUCUCUGUUCUUCAGGGUGGGUGAGGGGCAUAGAGUGAGGGUGGGCCAGGGAGGAUGACCAGAGGACACAAAGGAAACCCAGGCCUCCAGCCUCACGGUAAAGACUACUAAGGAUCUGGCCAAAUGAUGGGCUGGGAGCCGGCUCCUGCUUUCCUGUAUCUGCUGGUUUUUCCCUCAGUAUACUAGAGGCCUGACCUUGGCCCCGCAUCAGCAGGAGGGCUGCAAAGGAGGAGCAAGCAAUCCUGACACAGUUGGUUCCAGGGCAUCCCCAACCCCACCAUUUCCCCUAGAGUUCAAGGCUGCCUUGCAUCCUGCUUUUCUCUCAGAGUACAAGUCCAUGCGACAUACAGCUAAGAGUCUCAACAUGUCCCAGUCUCAUCACAAAUAACUCCUCUUCCUCAUACCCACCUGACGUUACCUUUCACCUGCCUCAUCGGUGAAAUCACACAGGCAGCAGAAUGUUCUCAUUUCCAACACUGGGACCACUUUGCCUUGUACUUUUUAUCUCUUUCCAAAAUCCCCUCUCUGUUCUCUGUUUGUCUCAGGGUAAAUCUUCCCCCACAGAGUUUGUGGAAAAGUUUAAUAACGGUGGAGAAUACUUUUGACUGGAUAUUUAUUGAGGUGGGAGUUAGGAGAGAUGUCCUUUUAAAACAGAAUUAUAAGGUUGGAGGAGGGAUGGUUUUUUCUAGUCAAAGGGUGUUCCAUGGAAGUAGGUUCCAGGUUUGGUUUUACAAACCUGACACUACCUCCUGUCCAGCUUGACAGAGACUGGAUUUUCAUCUUUUUGCUAUUGGGUCAGUUUUUGUCCAGAAAAGAGGCUUUUCCUUCUCUCUAAAGGAUCUGAAUUGGAGACAAAGGGACCAUUGUUUCUCAUGGAAUUUAUUAUCGAUGUUUUAGAAUGGUUUUCAUUGGUUGGGUUCACAUAUAAAGCAAAUAGAUAACCAUCUAAAAAUAAGAUUGGAAGCCUCUGAUUGCUAGAAUAAUAAAAAGGCCAAAAAUAAAACUGUUUCUCUCUUC